AUGAUGUUCCCCAGCCUCAUCGCUCCGCCGGCCGUCUACCCCAGCCUCCUGCGGCCGACUCCCACCCUCACCUUGCCUCAGUCGCUGCAGUCCGCUUUUUCCAGCCAUUCCAGCUUCCUGGUGGAAGAUUUGAUCCGGAUCAGCAGGCCCACCGGUUACCUGCCCAGGACCGCCCCCCCGCCCAGCAUGUCCCCCCCGGCCUCGGCGGCCAGGACGGACUCGGGGACGCCGGAGCUCGCCAGCUCCACCGCCACCGGCUCCAGGAGGAUCUGUUCGCCACAGACUUCCAGCAGCGACUCCACUUUCCUGAAGUUCGGGGUCAACGCCAUCCUCUCCUCCGCCCCCCGCGCCGAAACCUCCCCCGCGUUGCUUCAGAGCGUCCCUCCAAAGACUUUCUCCUUUCCGUACUUUGAAGGAUCCUUCCAGCCCUUUAUCAGAUCUUCCUAUUUCCCAGCUGCCUCCACAGUGGUCCCCAUCCCCGGCACCUUCUCCUGGCCGCUGGCCGCCCGUGGCAAGCCCCGCCGCGGCAUGCUGCGCCGCGCCGUCUUCUCCGACGUGCAGCGCAAGGCACUGGAGAAGAUGUUCCAGAAGCAGAAGUACAUCAGCAAACCCGAUAGGAAGAAGUUGGCAGCCAAGCUGGGCCUCAAGGACUCGCAGGUGAAAAUCUGGUUCCAGAACAGGAGGAUGAAGUGGAGGAACUCCAAAGAAAGAGAGCUCCUCUCUUCUGGUGGCUGCAGAGAACAGACCCUACCCACCAAGUUCAACCCUCACCCAGACCUCAGUGAUGUAGGCAAGAAAUGUUCAGGAGAGGAGGAGGAGGAAGUUCCCCCUGUGUGUCCACCCAGCCCCCGACAUCCCUUAACCUACCACCAGUCCCCAGAACAUCUACACUUGAGGGACAGACUGGACUCCCAGAUGUCUCCCUCUCCAUCCCAUUCUAGCAGCCCCAGCAAACCUUCAGACUUCUCAGAUUCAGAGGAAGAGGAUGAUGAAGGGGAAGAGGAAGAGGAGGAGAUAACAGUCUCUUAG